AUUUAAUUUUAUUGUUAAGGAAAUUUAAAUGUUGAACUAACUUCAUCUAACAACAAAAAGCUACAAGUGGAGGUAAACCAUCCGAUCUUUCCCCUGUUUUCUCAGUGGAGAAGAUGAGGGAAAUCAAACUAAAAUUAAAUCUUAGUGACCGAAAAAUAAGGCAGCUGGGUCAAGACUUAAGAUAUGUCCAUGGAAGAAAUGUUGUUGAGUCUAACAUGGAAGAGAAACUAUCUGCUAUGGCGCAUAGGAUAGAUGAUUUUUUUAUUUGUACUGAUCUGGAGUUAGAAGUUAAGGAAGAUGGUUAUUAUAAAAGCAAAUUACGAUUACAAAACCAAUAUAGUGUGUUCCUUUUUCAUCAAACUUUUAAUAAUCAUAACUUGUGCCAAUUAAUGGGCUUCAUAUUGCACAGUUUUAUGGAUCUAAUGCAAUUUAGUUUCUAAUUUAUAAUUGCAAGUGCAAAUAUGUCAAUGAAAUUACAAAAAAAUUAUAAUUUUUUCAGGAAAUGUUACAGUAAAGAAGUGCCUUUCUUCCAUGUAAUAGAUGUAUCUGACUCUGUGCUUUUUCUCAUGGAAGUUGGGGCAUUGGAUCCAUACCAACAGCAAGUCAAAAUAGGAAUUGAUGAUGGCCAAGAAAAGUUGAAGAUCUGCCUGUCCAUCAUUCCUCUCCCUGGGGACAGUAAGAAUAUUGUUAAUAGUGUUAAGCGUGUUUUUAUAGUUGGGAUUGCUGCAGGAGUUCCGGAGAAGAAUGAAAAUUUACGGAAGAUGUUGGGAUUGAUAAAGAUACAAGAUGUUGACUGUGUGGUCACAGUGGAUAUAAAACUUGCGCUGAUGCUUGUGGGAAAACAGAGUGCGGGUUGCACUUACAUCUGCAUUUAUUGCAAUGGGAAAGCUCCAUAUGAUGACCAUGACCAGGAAUCCAAUACUCUUGGUUUUCUUGUAGAGAAUAACAGGAAGUAUGUGACAGCCGGAUCGAUCCUGAAAGAUAGUAGAGAUUUUCAAAACGUGGUUGACCAGCCCCUGUUAACAGGCCAUGCUCCAGAUGUUAAGAUUAUACAAAUUAUAAUUCCUCCUGAACUACAUCUAAUGCUCGGUGUUGUUUCGAAGAUCAUGAAAGCUCUGGAGGACUUGGUUGGGAAACAAUUUAUCUUGGAUUUCCUUCAGGAGAUUGGCGUCACUCCUAACAAGAAGUGGGGUUCUGCACUGAAUGGUAACCAGACCAGAAGGUUGUUGAAUCAAGUUGGCAAACUGAAACUGGGGCUGCAAGACAGAGGGGUCUAUUCAGGAAUGCCUUUCCUUGAAACUCUCCAAAGAUUUAACAAGGUGGUUCAGUCCUGCUUCGGACAGGAAAGGGAAGAUGGAUUCAAGGAGAGCAUAGAGAAAUUCUCUGAAUCCUACAGAUGCUUAGGAAUAUCUAUAACACCUAAAGUCCACAUUGUCAUGGACCACCUAGUGGAGUUUUUUGAGUUGAGGCCCGAGUCAACAGCAGGUUUGGGAUACUAUUCUGAGCAGGCCUUUGAAGCCAUCCACUAUGACUUCUUAAAAUUUGAAGAACACUGCAGUGUGUCGAAGGAUCACAAGGACUAUAGGAUGAAGAUGAUGGCCAUAGUGCAACAGUACAAUAGCCUUCAUAUGGGCUGUUAAUAUAAGCUGCUCAUUAUCACAUAUUCCUCUCUAAUUACAUGAACAUAACCAUGAAUCUGAAGUGCAUCUAUUCCUCUCUAGUUACAUGAACAUAAGCAGGAAUCUGAAGUGCAUCUUUUCCUCUCUAGUAACAUGAACAUAACCAGGAAUCUGAAGUGCAUCUAUUCUUCUCUAAUUACAUGAACAUAACCAGGAAUCUGAAUUACGCAUCUAUUCCUCUCUAGUAACAUGAACAUAACCAGGAAUCUGAAGUACGCAUCUAUUCCUCUCUAGUAACAUGAACAUAACCAGGAAUCUGAAGUGCAUCUAUUCCUCUCUAGUUACAUGAACAUAACCAGGAAUCUGAUGUGCAUCUAUUCCUUUCAAGUAACAUGAACAUAACCAGGAAUCUGAAGUGCAUCUAUUCCUCUCGAGUUACAUGAUCUA